GGAACCCCAUUGUUGUUUCUAUUUUCCGACAGAAAAUUACAUUUUUUGUACAUUGUAAUGGGGACAGCUAUACCGGAAUGACUACCUCAGGAAGAAGAAGGUCAAGUAGAAGGCCACAAUGCAGGACAACUUUAAAACGUAUUUUCUCCCGGAUUAAAUAAGACAUCACCUCUGAAAAAAUGGCCCAGACCAACCCUCUUCCUGCUCCUCUGGGACCCUGGAAGAUCACUGUAUAUGAUCAAGAAAAUUUCCAAGGAAAGAGGAUGGAAUUCAGUUCUUCCUGUGCAAACAUCAUGGAGUGCGGCUUUGACAAUAUUAGGUCUAUAAAGGUGGAAUGCGGAGCAUGGAUUGGAUAUGAACACACAAGUUUCUGUGGUCAGCAGUUUGUUCUAGAGAGAGGAGAGUACCCCCGCUGGGACGCUUGGAGUGGCAGCAAUGCCUAUCACAUUGAGCGCCUGAUGUCUUUCCGACCAAUCUGUUCUGCCAAUCAAAAGGAAUCCAAACUGGUCAUCUUUGAGAAAGAGAACUUUAUUGGACGCCAGUGGGAGAUGUGCGAUGACUAUCCUUCCCUACAAGCAAUGGGUUGGGGCAACAAUGAAGUUGGAUCCAUGAAGGUUCAAUGUGGCGCUUGGGUAUGCUACCAAUAUCCUGGUUACCGUGGCUACCAAUACAUUUUGGAAAGCGACCACCAUGGAGGUGAAUACAAGCACUGGAGAGAAUGGGGAUCUCACGCCCAGACCUUCCAGAUCCAGUCAAUCCGACGCAUCCAGCAGUAAAGGACCAAGCCUCUCCUGUCACUUACCCUUGCCGUGUUUGCGAGAGGUCACCGUUCACAGGCUUUCUGUGGUGCUACCAUUCUCUUUUAACGCUAUUCUAGAGGAUACAGAAAACUUUUAUUGUACUGUGAACGCAUGUUGGGAAAAUUACUUAUUAAUUGUACCAACUGCGAAAAUGAAAAUUAA